GGCGGCGGCGGAGAGGAGAGGAGAGGAGAGGAGAAGGGACGCGCAACGGGAGCUAGGCGGACUGUAAAUAUGGACGCGGUGAAACCCUAGGAGGUGAGUCGCGACCAGGUUGUGCAAAUUUCAUGUUGCAACCGCGCUCGAGACGUUGCGAGCCAUGAUGGGAGCCAUGAUGGGAGCCGGAGUCGGGAGGAAGACACCUCCGCUCUAAAACACGUUCCAGGAGGACCCGCCGACAUCCACGAAAGGUUGACACUGAGGAGGAGGUUUAAUUCAUCUGGUUGUUUGUCCAUCGUUCAUCUGUCCUGCAACACAUGGCUGACUCAGAGGACCCACUAUAACACACAAGCACACAGACUUGAAGGACCAGAAGGCGAAGACCAGAUUCAGCCUCCAUGAAUUCAUCACACACCUCAGACAGGAGGAGAACAGCGGGAGGAUCCUUUGAUGCAGCGGAAUUCAGCGCCUCCUUGUAUCUGUUUUGGUGCGGUGUUAUUAGCUGUGGGAAGUGGUGAAGAGGCAGCUGCAGCUCUCAGCUAGUCCAUCUUGAUGCAAACCAACUGCACACAUGGAACUGAUCCCUUCCAUCACUUCACAGACCAUGGAAAUUUUGGAACUUUUACAAUGUGGGGUUUCAUUGAUUUCUUUAUAGUGUAGUUUCUUUACUUUGUUCGGUCAAGACUUGGAUUCGGAUGGACCAGAGGAGGCAAACUUUCUGAUCUGAAUGAGUGGCUGCUACAUCCUACAACAUACAUGCCAUUAUUACACGUUCAUCAACUUGCUCUGAAUGGAUCUGGACUCCAGAUGAUAUAUACGUCUAACCUAACUAAGCCUGGGCCAGCCUAAGGAGUCUAUUACCAUUGGUCUGUCAUAGCUGUACAUCAUUCAGUACAUCCUUUCAUUUUGAUUGAUCUGUCCAGCAGACCCAAGGGAAUACUUUCUGGAGGCUGCAUCAUAUUAAAGGAUCUUGUGAGCGACUGUCAGUUUCAGGAUACAAGUAGAAUAAAGGAGUCAAAAAGAAAAUUCCAGAAUACAAUUUUUUGGAUCUUUCCAUGGAAUUUCACAAUUCAUUUUUGAAGUUGAAAGAAUCAUUUAGAAAAGCAGUCUGUAAGUGAUUACUCAUAUCCUCCCAAAAUGAGUAACCCACGCUUCUUGAGUACAUGGCAGUAUUCUUGAAAAGAAACGGACUCGUUUUGUGAGAAACCAGAGCACUUCUCUUCUUUUGGCAUGCUGUUGCAUCCCACCGUGUCAGGAUUGUGCACCAUGUUGCAGACCAUUUAUGAGACUGAGUCCUGUUUUUCAUCUGCCAGCACAGACAGCCAACAGCCUCUGGAGCUCCUGAGCAGCAGCAGGGGCUCCACUACUGCCAUGCCCGCAGCCGUAGUGGAGGUGAAAAGCAGCCUCCCAUCAGGCAUGCAGAGCCCAGUUGGAACAGCAAGCGAACAGCGAGUAGGAGGUGGAGAAGGUGGUUCAGAAGAAGGCUCAGGUGGUGGAGCAGGCCCUGUUGACCUGCGGACUGAGCCCAGGUUGGGAUCUUUGUCUGUUGGAACCGCAGGAGUGGACACCACUUUGAGAGAGCAGCAGCUCCAGCAUGAACUAGUGCUACUUAAACAGCAGCAAGAACUCCAGAAACAACUACUAUUUGCUGAAUUCCAGAAAAAACAUGAAGUACUAACCAGACAACAUGAAGUCCAGCUACAGGAACACCUGAAGCAACAACAGGAGCUGUUGGCAGCAAAGCGACAGCAAGAGUUGGAGCAGAAGCGAAAACUGGAACAACAACGACAUGAAGAGCAAGAGAAACGACGACUGGAGCAACAGCUGCUUCUACUUCGGAAUAAGGAGAAAGGCAAAGAGAGUGCCAUUGCCAGUACUGAGGUGAAGUUGAAACUGCAGGAAUUCCUUCUUAAUAAGAAGGAGCCUGGUAUUGGUGGACUGAAUCAUUCCUUCUCCUCAAAGUGCUGGGGAGGCCAGAACACUUUCCUGGAGCAAAGUUCUCCACCCCAGAGUAACACUUCAGGAACGCCUCCAUCUUAUAAACUUCCGACAUUACUCGGUAACUACGAGGGCAAGGAUGACUUUCCACUCCGCAAGACAGUGUCAGAGCCUAACCUGAAGGUGCGUUCAAGGUUGAAACAGAAAGUGGCUGAGAGGCGGAGCUCUCCACUCCUCAGAAGAAAAGAUGGCACAGUCAUCAGCACCUUCAAGAAAAGAGCCAUUGAGAUUUCAGUCUCCCCUCUCUGUAAUAGCGCUCCAGGUUCAGGGCCCAGCAGUCCUAACAGUUCUAAUUCAGCUAUUGCUAAUGGCAACACUGGAUCUGUUCCCAAUAUACAGACUGAGCUUCGCUCCCUUCAUCAGACGCUAGGGGCUGAUGGGACAUUGAGUCCGCUAAGUCUCUACACAUCGCCAUCUUUGCCCAAUAUCUCGUUAGGCCUCCCUGCUAACACGCACAUUACGGCCUCCCAGAAGUUAUCAAGCCAACAGGAGGCAGAACGUCAAGCCAUUCAGUCACUCCGAGCGGGUGGAGCUCUAACUGGGAAGUUUCUCUCCACAUCCUCCCUACCUGCAGGAGUUGGACAUGAUGUAGAGACUCAGCCUCCUGGCUCGCACUCUGCACAUUCUUCAUUAUUACAACAUGUGUUACUACUGGAGCAGGCCAGACAACAAACCGCUAUGCUAACUGUUCCCAUCUACAGCCAGUCACCACUGGUUACAGCAGAGAGAGGUUUGUCCAGCGGCAUGCGAUCGGUCAACAAACUUCCUCGCCAUCGGCCUCUAGCUCGUACCCAGAGUGCACCUUUGCCCCAAUCGCCCCAGGCCCUCCAGCAGCUGGUAGUUCAGCAGCAACAUCAGCACUUUCUGGAGAAACAUUACAAGAUGCUUUCAAAGGGGUCAGACCUACCCAGACCACCUCCCACCCAUCCAGAGGAGACAGAAGAGGAGCUUACAGAGACCAACGACAUGCAGGAGGAUGAUGUAGGGACAAGCAUUCACAGACUUCAGACGGAGGGGUCAGAUGACAGCACAUUCACCUCAGAACGACAUAGUGUGCAUCCAAAGGAGGAAGAACGAGGAGUUGUACCCGUGAAGGGGGAGAGCACAGAAAGUGAACUGGAUGAAGAGGAUGAAGAAGAUGAUGUCAUCCAGCUGGGGGAUAGCGAGGAAGACGGCAGGGGUAGCUACUCUCAGGCCCUGCAACAGAUGGGUGUAUUCCUCUCCUCGUUGCCUCACAGACCACUGGGAAGAGCGCAAUCUUCUCCCGCAGCCACUGUCAACCCUGUCAGACAUCUCUUUACUACAGGACUCGUUUAUGACAGUCUGAUGUUAAAGCACCAGUGUGUAUGUGGCAAUGCUCACAUCCAUCCAGAGCAUGCUGGGAGAGUGCAGAGCAUCUGGUCCAGGCUGCAGGAGACAGGCUUGCUGGGCCGCUGUGAGAGAAUUCGCGGGCGUAAAGCAUCCCUGGAUGAGAUCCAGACUGUCCAUUCCGAGUUUCACACUCUGCUCUAUGGAACCAGUCCACUGAAUCGACACAAACUGGACCACAAGAAGCUACUGGGUCCAAUCAGCCAGAAGAUGUAUGCUGUUCUUCCGUGUGGAGGAAUAGGGGUGGACAGUGACACAGUGUGGAAUGAGAUGCACUCGUCUGCAGCUGUCCGCAUGGCAGUGGGCUCUGUUCUUGAGCUGGCCUUCAGCGUGGCAGCCGGGGAACUGAAGAAUGGCUUUGCAGUAGUGCGUCCACCAGGGCAUCAUGCAGAAGAAUCCACUGCCAUGGGGUUUUGCUUCUUCAAUUCAGUAGCCAUCACUGCCAAGCUACUCCAGCAUAAACUGGGAGUAGGCAAGAUCCUCAUCGUGGACUGGGACAUUCACCAUGGCAACGGCACGCAGCAGGCCUUCUACGGUGACCCCAAUGUCCUCUACAUCUCGCUCCAUCGCUACGAUGACGGCAACUUUUUUCCUGGCAGCGGAGCGCCUGAGGAGGUGGGAUCAGGCGCAGGUGUUGGCUUUAACGUGAACAUAGCGUGGACUGGAGGAGUAGAGCCCCCUAUGGGUGAUGUUGAGUACCUCACUGCCUUCAGGAGUGUGGUGAUGCCUAUUGCUCAGCAGUUCAGCCCAGACGUGAUUCUGGUGUCUGCAGGCUUUGAUGCGGUGGAGGGUCAUCAGUCUCCUCUAGGAGGUUACAUUGUCUCUGCCAAAUGUUUUGGUCUGCUCACCCAGCUCCUGAUGGGUCUGGCUGGUGGGCGUGUUGUUAUGGCACUAGAGGGGGGUCAUGACCUCACCGCCAUCUGUGAUGCAUCGGAAGCCUGCGUCUCUUCUCUCCUUGGAGACCCGAGUGACUCUGCAUUUCAGUGGCCUCAAGAGAAGCCUUGUCCAAAAGCCUGUGCCUCGCUAGAAAGAGUGAUCGAAAUUCAGAGUAAACACUGGUCUUGCCUCCAAACGUUGUCUGCGACGAGCGGCCACUCACUACAGGACGGCCCCCUGGGAGCUCAGCGUCAAUCGGAGAAGGACGAGGCAGACACCGUUAGCGCCAUGGCCUCUUUGAGUGUUGAUGUAGCGCAGUCAGGCUCCACCGCCAACGUCAAUGACGCCAGCAGGUCUACAGAAGAGCCAAUGGAAGAGGAGCCUGUUUUGUAAGACGGACGCACACAUGAAUGCCACCUUAACCUCCUCCUGGCACCUACUCGACCUUCUUAUGGAUUGUGUAUGAGUACACACACGUUCAUGCAGAGUGGAAAUGUUGUGGAUGACCACAAGCGGCCGCAUAAGCGCUCAAAAGGUCAGUUCUCUCCAUCGGAGGAGCAGGCAAAUUGUAAGCAUCUCCACGGCAACCGGAGGAGGGGCAUGUCAGCGAGGACACGCCUCUCGUGUAACGUUGACGCUCCCUGCUCUCCUUACAAGCUGCACAUAUCACCACUGAGUCCCCUUUUUUGGUCACAUCUGUGAGUGACGGUUGGACAGCGCGGCUCUCCGCUGAUGGAGCAGGAAGUUGGAAGCUGAAUAGAGGAUGAGAAGGAACUAGGUGCCUUUUUGUCUAACCCACACACACACAAUAAGAACGCAUCCAAUCAGAAACAAGAAACAGCAAGCACCGCAGCACCUCAGCAAACGAACCAGCCAAUAAGGACUGAAGGAACACAGCAAUGCGCACACACAUACAGCUGUGUUUUCACUUGGUCACUUCAUUUUCUUGUCGUUUUCUUCUCAUCUGGUUGCCUUAAUUUGUUGAUGGUUUGUAUUUUAGAGAGGAAGAGGGAGAGGUUGUGACAUUUGGAAAAGAGGGAGGUGAGGUCCGGCAAGCUUUAAAGACGCUUUAUUUAUUCUUUGAACUGUAUGAUGUGUGUCACUUGAAACCACCACCUCUUUCUCUCUUUCUUUCCUCUCGAAAGGCGACCGUGGGAUUGUGGCAUAUGACCACGUCCGUCUUUUUUUAUUUGUAGGGUUAUUUUUUUUUUUUAUUAUUAUUGUACUGGUGUUAUAACUGUGUCCUGUCUUGUUGCCCACAGUUGCAUCACAGUGUCAGUCGUUUUUCUAAAUCUGUAUAUACUUCAAUGUAAAAAACAAAACUUUUUUUUUUAUUAAAU